CAUGCCUUCAUAAUUUAAAUAAAGUGACAUUAAGUCUUCGUCAGUCAUACUUUUGGCCAACAUAAAAGCACAGAAACCAAGCAUAUUCAUGGAGAAAGGUGGCACCUACUGAAGAGAAACCUGAAACUCCAGUUAAUUUCUCCAACGAACAGGGACUUGAAUUAAGUUGGGUUGCUGCAGCAAAAAUGGCACAUUCUAACAACAGUUGUUCAUUAUCUGAAACCGAAUAUGAGAUGGUGAAACACAUCAUCGACAUUCCAGACCUAGAGGAGCUAAGGUUGUCGGAGUGCAGCAUCUACAAGGUUCAUUACAAUCUCCGAAAAGUGAACGAGGAAGCCUACACCCCUCAGUGGAUCUCAAUAGGCCCAAUUCACCUCGACAAGCAAGAACUCAAUCCAAUGCAAGAGCACAAGAAAAGGUAUUUCCACUGUUUCUGGGAGCGUGUCUCCAACGAACAAGCCAUGAGGAACUUCAAACACCACCUCGAAACGAAAGAAGACCACAUUCGACAUUGCUACGCCGACAAAUUCCCCGACAUACCCAAAGAGAAGUUCGUGGACAUGUUGCUGUUGGAUGCUGUGUUCAUCAUGGAGCUCUUGCUGAGAAACUGUGAGUGGAAAUCAAACAGUUUCAAGCAUGAGCAUGAGUACAAGCAUACCAAAUCGUUUCGAGUGCGACACAGCGACGAUCUCAUCUUGACACAGUCAUGGCUCAGCAGGAACAUCACUAGGGACAUGAUCCUUAUAGAGAAUCAAAUACCCUUUUUUGUGCUGCAGAAACUCUAUGAUGAUGUUGUCCCUGGUGACAACAAGAAGGAGGAACACACUGCAGGGUUUGUUGAUCUUGCUAUUGAGUACUUUGCUUUCUAUGACACCCAAAUGUCUUCUUCUGAUGAAACCAAACGUGUUCUUGACAAGAACCAGUCGAGGAAAAACUACUUCAGUGGCGCUAUUCGAAGUUCCAAGAGACCUUACAGUAAGUCCAAGAGCAAAGAUAGGUAUAGCAAGAGUGCAAAACACUUUACCGAUCUGAUAAGGUACUUUUACCUUCCCAGUGAUUGGGUGCGCAACAGUGGUUGUGCCCUUCAUGUCUUAAGAACCGCAACAAAGUUGCAAGACUCAGGAGUGAGCUUUGAGAAAGAUGUGGAGAGAAGGUUGCUAGACUUAACCUUUGAGAAGAAGCCAAUUCUGAGUUCCUUUCUUUGCUUUGGUUGCUUGCCAUACUUGAAACACUUCAAGGCACGUUUUAGGAUCCCCCAGUUGAAGGUGGACCACACAACCGAAUGUGUGUUCAGGAACCUCAUUGCCUUUGAGCAGUGUCACUACCCUGAGAAACCCUACAUUUGCAACUACGUUUCUUUGAUUGAUUCUCUUAUUCACACUCAGCUUGAUGUGGAGUUGCUUGUUGAAAAAGAAGUGAUUGUGCAUGAACUUGGGAGUGAUAAGGAAGUGGCGGUUCUUGUUAAUGGUCUAAGCAAACACGUGGUGGCGAACACAACGUGUUACUACGAGACGAUAAAUGAACUCAACAAGCAUUACCAGAACAUUUGGAACCGUACCAUGGCGGCGUUGUGGUUGGUGUACUUCAGAGACCCUUGGAGGGCAAGUUCCACCAUGGUGGGGAUUGUUGUGCUCGUUUUUGCUGUGUUCCAAUUCAUACGCGCUGCGCGUGCAGUGUUAGGGUAUGAUAAAUUUUAGAUACAAUUAUUUAGGUUUUGUUUGCGUUGUUAUUCGAAUAGAAUUGAUAUUUUACUUCGAUAAUUCACGUUUUUAUAAACUAUCGAAGUGAAACUCUAAUUCUAGUUUGAAAACAACUCAAACAUUGCUUAAAGAAAUUGUAUCUUAGUUUCGUAUUUAUUUAAUACUUCAUCAUAAUAUAUAUAUAUAUAUAUAUAUAUAUAUAUAUAUAUAUAUAUAUAUAUAUAUAUAUAAAUGGGGUUUUUUCUUGCAUGGGUAAUGAAUGAGCAGUGUGUCAAUAUAUAGCGAAUAUAAUCUCAUCGAUCAAUGCAACUAAUAAUGGAAUGAGUCCUGAAUUGUUAUGAUGCCACUAAUAAUUAAACUCUGUUGCGACUUUUGUAAGAGAAAAUGUGUCGGCACCCUUGGGAGGAGUUAUAUAUAUGUUAGAAAUGCACAUGCAUAUUUUUGAAAAGGGUCGUAUUAAUAAACAUGUAUUCUAUUUUA